AUGUAUUCCGACUCUCAUGGAUACUUUUACUUCUGUGCCUCAUACUCUCAAGUGCCUUCAGAAGCCUCAAAAGGUCAGAGUGAAGCCCCCUCCAACUGGAAAGCAAAGGGUGUAAGAGCAGUAGAAGCCUUAAUAAAGAAAGAGCAGGGAUUGGCACCCUGCACCUGGAUUCCAAGAAGGCAGACACAAGAGCUUCAUCAGGUCUUUUUUGCAGAAGCCUGGGGAGGGGCCAUGGUACCGUGGAGGUGGGAGAGACUGCGGAAGCCACUUCUCUACCUGUGCUGUACCUCCUUCCUUCUGGGGCUAGCUCUUCUGGGCAUACGGCCGGACAUGGCCCCGACUGCCCACUUAUUUUUUACCUUGGGAGGCUGCUUCAUGUUUGCCUGCCUCCUAGUUUGCUUCCUGGAAUGGGCACUCCAAUCAACACAGACUGAGCAUCCAGGGGACUCGGGCACUGCAUGGAACAAUGAAGUCUUUGAGAUGCCAACUUAUGAAGACUCCUCAGUAUUGGAAUCACAACACCAGUCCCAAGGGUCAGAUGAACCACCCCCCUACUGCAGUAUUAUUAUCACCCCAGGACUUGAGGCGGGAGAGCCUAGACAUCCAGAGGGACCCAGGAGAAACAGAUUACAAAGACAAGUGGCCUCAGAGGGGUCUCUGACCCUAAGAGGAAGCACCAGACAACCUCCAAAUAGCCUUCGACUCCGGGGCUCACGUACUCUGUCCACUAAUUCAAAUAUGCAGAACUUGGGAGUAAUCCCCACACCAGAACCUCUUACUCCGCCUCCUGCCUAUGAGGUCAGCCUUGGUCAAUCUGAUGAUGAUAAUGUUUUCUAUGAAAACAGCUGGACAGCCCCUUAA